CUGGCGGCGGACCGGAAGAGGCGGAGUCUGAUCCAAAAUGAGGGAAAAUAAGAACAUGUCCGAGUCCCCGUCUCAAGCGGGAAAAGAAAUACCGGCGAAAAAACAGAAACUGAGCAGUGACGAGAACAGUAACCCCGAUUUAUCAGGAGACGAGAAUGACGAUGCCGUCAGCGUUGAGAGCGGGACCAACGCAGAGCGCCCAGACACCCCCACCAACACCGCCAACGCCCCGGGCAGGAAGAGCUGGGGCAAGGGCAAGUGGAAGUCCAAGAAGUGCAGAUAUUCCUUUAAAUGUGUGAACAGCCUGAGGGAGGACCACGGCCAGCCGCUGUUUGGAGUCCAGUUUAAUUGGCACAGUAAGGAGGGAGACCCGCUGGUGUUUGCUACAGUCGGCAGUAACAGGGUAACUCUGUAUGAAUGUCACUCUCAGGGAGAAAUCAGACUGCUGCAGUCGUACGUUGAUGCUGACGCCGAUGAGAACUUCUACACGUGCGCUUGGACCUACGACACCAACACCAGCCAUCCUCUGCUGGCCGUGGCCGGGUCCAGAGGAAUCAUCCGAGUCAUCAACCACAUCACCAUGCAGUGCAUCAAGCACUACGUCGGUCACGGGAACGCCAUCAACGAGCUCAAGUUCCACCCCAGAGAUCCCAACCUGCUCCUGUCUGUCAGCAAAGAUCACGCCCUGCGGCUCUGGAACAUCCAGACGGACACGUUGGUGGCCAUAUUUGGAGGAGUGGAAGGUCACCGAGACGAAGUCCUGAGCGCCGACUUUGACCUCCUGGGUGAGAAGAUCAUGUCCUGUGGGAUGGACCACUCGCUGAAGCUGUGGAGGAUCAACUCAGAGAGGAUGCAGAAAGCCAUCAGAGGGUCGUACGAGUACAACCCCUCCAAGACCAACAGGCCGUUCGUCUCACAGAAGAUUCAUUUCCCCGACUUCUCAACACGAGACAUCCACAGGAACUACGUGGACUGUGUUCGGUGGCUUGGAGACCUGAUUCUGUCCAAAUCGUGUGAAAACGCCAUCGUCUGCUGGAAACCAGGGAAGAUGGAGGACGACAUCGACCACAUCAAACCCAACGAGUCCAACGUGACGAUUCUGGGCCGCUUCGACUACAGCCAGUGUGACAUCUGGUACAUGCGCUUCUCCAUGGACUUCUGGCAGAAGAUGCUGGCUCUGGGGAACCAGGUGGGGAAACUUUACGUCUGGGACCUGGAGGUAGAAGAUCCUCAUAAAGCCAAGUGCACCACUCUGACCCUCCCUAAAUGUACGUCAGCCAUUCGACAGACCAGUUUCAGUCGUGACAGCAGCAUUCUGAUCGCGGUGUGUGACGACGCCUCCAUCUGGCGCUGGGAUCGACAGCGCUGACCGACUCCGCUCUGAAGGGUUCUGCUGCUUCCUUUUGCCCCGCAGAGGUUUUUGUUGUCCAGAAACACUCUGAAAAAACAUUUAGUCUCACAUGUGGUCCAACAGUGAAGUUCCCCCCCCCAAAAAAAAAUUUGAAUUCCCACGUUUUUAUCCAACUACAAAACUGGAAUUUUAGAUGCAGUUUGGAGCCACAGCAGUCACUAAAAACGUUGAAACAAUGUUCCUCUGUGUGCCUUCUAGUUUCUAUGCAUUCACUGAAAUAUCAACACCACAGAGAGAGGAAGUUACAGCGUCUUUGUCACUUGUUUUAAGAAAAAUACGUCUGGAUUGAUGGACAGAACGACCAGAUGAGGAUUUGUUUGCAGUGUGACGUGUAAAUCUUAUUCUGUUUCCUCCAUGGCUGCUGCUUCUUUUCUUUGCUUUCUGCCUCCACAAACACAAACACUGUCGUCACAUCAGUGACUGAGUUCCCUCAAUAAAAGGGUUUUGUAAAUACGAGCUCAAGAGUCAGUUUGUGUGAUAAAAUCUGACACUGGUUUGAUAUUUAGCCUGAGUUUUAUUUUUGUUGCUCUCUGGCUUUUAUUUCAACGUUUUGGACUGAAAUCUCUUGUUAAUAAAGAGGACGACGGGGCUUCUUGUCUUUAUGUACUUGGAUUUAUUUGGAUUAAAUAAAAGUUAUUUUUCUAAAGA